AUGUCAGGGAAGGAAAUCAUUUCCCCAGGAGAGUCAAACACCGCCUAUGUCAAGAUAACCCCUGACAUGAACAAAAUCUUCUUUGCUGUGACUGUCUGCGUUGGAUUUUUCACCGACUACCAGACGAAGGAGCUGACCAUUUUCUCAUUGGCCACGCCUUCUCAUGCUGAUGGUUUUGUCAUCUUCAGGGGAGAUGGGGGAAAUUACAGGGUGUACAUUCAGGACCAAGGUAUCUAUUUCUGGGGAUUGCCAGACAAAAUGAACGAGUGGAACUCUGUUUGUGGGACGUGGGAUGCCAGUACAGGAUUGACUCAACUGUGGGUGAAUGGGAAGCCAAGUGCGAGGAAAGCUCUCCAAGCCGGCGGCUCCAUCUCUGGUACACCGAGUAUUAUUUUAGGUCAGGACCAAGAUGCAUACGUUGGUGGGUUUGAUGUGUAUGACUCCUUUUACGGACAUGAGACCGAUGUCCACAUGUGGGACAGAGUGCUCUCUCCAUGUGAGAUCCAAAGCUACAUGAAGGGGGAGGUGUUAUCUCCAGGGAAUGUGGUAAACUGGAACGCACUAAAAUACACAAGGCAUGACUAUGUGGUUGUUGAGACGAUGCAGAACCUGAUCUGUUAAAAAUUUGACCGCAAAAAUCACAAACAGAUCAUUUCAAACUAU